CCUCAUUGUCAUUGCAAGAUGUGGGAGAGAAUCGCUGACAAACAUGACCAGGUUGGCCUUUGGCCGGCGAGGGUCCGUCGCAAUGCAAACGACAAGCAUGCCUUCUCUCCUUAAAAAGUCCCGCCAGAACUUCAGAUUCCUCCUCUAUCUGCAGCGUUUGAGUCCUCAAUUCCUCGGUCUUUGCUGAUACAUUGUUGUGGGCGAUUGCUGGCAACUGGCAAAGUAUAAAGACGGCUUCCACCAGGCGCCGUUUCGAGUUCACAGACACGUCGUCAACCGCAAUCAUGAGCUCACACUCCGAUCUUGAAAAGGCAUCCCUUGAAGUUGGGGAGCGUGGGUCAGAAGGAGUGAUACAGGCGCCUCCAAGUGCUCCGGUGGCGCCCGCCGUCGGCCCACCCCCCAAUGGAGGCCUCAAGGCUUGGUCUCAGGUAGUGGGAGCAUUUUUCCUGAUGGUCAACACCUGGGGUAUGAUCAAUGCCUUUGGUGUCUUCCAGACGUACUACAAGGAGACCUUGAUCCCCGGCCAUUCUCCGUCGGAUAUCUCGUGGAUCGGGUCUAUCCAAGGAUUUCUGAUGCUGAUUAUUGCCGUGGUCUGUGGCUGGGCCCUAGACGCUGGUUACUUCUACCUGCUCUCAGCCUGUGGUCUAUUCUUCCAGGUACUCGGGAUGAUGAUGACAUCCCUGAGCACGGAGUACUAUCAAUUGGUCCUCUCCCAGGGCAUCUGCAUUGGCAUUGGUUCUGGCUGCCUGCUGGUCUCGGCCUUUACCAUUGUUGGAACCUACUUCUCGACCAGGCGCUCCUAUGCCAUGGGUUGGACGGCCACCGGAAGUGCCAUCGGUGGUAUCAUCUACCCCAUCGUCAUCCGCCGCUUAAUCUUAGAAGUCGGGUUUCCAUGGGCUGCGAGGGCAAUGGGCUUCAUCAUGCUGGGCGUUCUCCUCAUCUCGAUUGCCCUUCUGAAGCCCCGCAUGCCACCUAAGAAGCUAGGGCCGUUGAUCGACCUCAAGUCCCUGACGGAUACGCCGUAUGCCUUUUUCCUGGCCUCCAUGUUUUUCACGUACAUCGGCCUGUAUAUCCCCUUCUUCUACAUCACGGAUUAUGCGCUCAGCAUUGGUAUCGAAGAGAACAUGUCCUUCUACAACCUCAUCAUCAUGUGCGCAGGAAGUAUUCCAGGUCGUCUCCUCCCACCCUAUUUCGCCGAUAAGAUCGGAAAUGUUAACGUGAUGCUUCCUUCAACCUUAAUAUGCGCGGUUCUGCUCUUCUGCUGGAUCGCUGUCAAGUCGCUCGCCGGCCUGAUCGUGAUCUCCAUCCUCUUCGGCUUCUUCAGUGGCGCUGCGCAGGCACUGAUUCCGUCGGUCGUUGUCUGGCUGGCCCCGGAUCUGUCGAAGGCGGGCGUUCGCAUCGGAAUGACGCUGUGCGCGUGCGGCUUGGGACUGCUGGUUGGAUCGCCCAUUGGCGGAGCUAUCAUCUCUGCGCAGUCGACGGCCGACCAUUCGGUCUACUGGGGAUUAUUUCUGUGGGGAGGCAUUACGGUUCUGCUCGGCGCUGCGGCAUUGAUGAUUACUAGGACGCUUAAAGUCGGGCUUCAGGUGGUCGUAAAAGCUUGA